AUGACUGAGAAAAUCAAGAAGAAUGGUGACAUUAGACUGUGUGCUGAUUACAAAGUAACUAUCAACAAUCAACUUCAAGAUAAACGUUAUCCUAUUCCCAGAAUAGAAGAUAUUUUCAAUAAAAUGAAAAAUGGUAAAUGUUUCUGUACAUUAGACGUCUUCGAAGCAUAUUUACAUGUUGAUGAUGAAAGUCCACGAUUACAAACAAUUUCAACUCAUCGAGGUACCUAUUUAGCUAAACGACUCUUCUGUGGUACCAAAACGGCUCCAAAUGAAUUUCAUAAAGUCAUCGAUCAAAUUGUUCACAAUUUAGAAGAUACCACAGCGUAUUUUGAUAAUACUCGUAUAAUGGUCCAAGGUUCUUCUAUUAAAGAAUCUCAGCCCACCCAAAACGUAACUAGCCCUGCAAGGAUCCAGACUAGAAGACGCGGCAUCAAGCAGUGCUCAUCCUCGCAAGGAAAAUUGUUAUUUAUCCGCGUCUCAUUGUUCAUACGCUAUCUGAUUGAAAUGGGGAUGUGA